UUAGGUAUUCUUGAAGUAUCUGCCCUUGUUGUAAGCUAUCUAGUAUCACCUGUAAGCUACUACCUGGGAUCUACUAGACCUGUAAGAGUAGUUGCUGUAUCUGGAACUAUUCUGCUUACUCUAGGAUUUCUGUUUACUUCCUUCAGUUCUCAGUUUCAUCAAUUAUUCAUCAGUUUAUCCCUGUGUAUAGGCGUAGGGUGGACCCUGGUACGGGAAACUAGCACAGUUAUUCUAAACCAAUAUUUUAAGAAGAAUAAACAUACAGUGGAAACUUUACAUUGCGCUUCAACAGGUGUGGGUAUACUUGUGAUGUCACCAGUCUGUGAUUUCCUACUUAGAGAACAAGGAUGGAGAUUAGGCUUACAGAUGAUGUGUCUGAUUCUCAUUCCUGGAAUAUUUAUCUGUCUCUUUUAUAGACCUGCUUCUCUUUAUCAUCCACAAAGGAGAGCUAUGCAGCAUAUAAAGUUUCAUCAGAAGAGAAUUCUUCUUUCAAGAUUCAACCCAGCAGACAUAGGAAUAUUUAGGUUAAACUACAACUAUCUGUGCAACCGUGAUGUUCUCCUUCUGCUUCUUUCCUCUGCUUUAUUAUCAAGCGGAUUGUGGACGCCAUUCUUCAUGAUUCCACAAAUAACGAUCUCAGACAAACAUAUUGCAGGACACAUAACUGAUCUCUAUCUAGCUUUUGGUAUUUCCAUUUUUCUUGGAUCUCUUUUCUCAGGAAUAUUAUUCUCAGUUCGAUCAUCUAACUGUAAUAUAGGGAUUAAAAAUCAAGUGCAGAGCUGUUCAGUUCUGAUGGGAAUAUGCAUCUGCGUAUAUAGUUGUACAACUGGUUACAAGGGACACAUGAUGUUUGUUGUUAUUUACGGUUUACUCACAGGAAGUGUACUGCUUUCUACCAAAUUGUUUGUUUACACUCAAACCAGGAGAACCGAGUUUCACACAGUAUGGGGUCUAGUACAGUUGAGUAUGGGAUUACCAUUGCUUGUUAGCGUCCUACUGUCUUCGAUGUUUAGUGAUGGUGGAUACUCAUUUAUAGUCAGUGGAAUACUUGUGAUACUGUCAGCAGUUCCAAUUCAAUGGUGUCAUCUUACCAGGCUGAGGUUGCACACCGAGAAGGGAAUGAAAGAACGAAAUGAAAUAUUUUCGAAUUCAAAAUAUAUAAUUAAGGAUUACGCUGCACAAAACUUCUCUGUAAAACCAGUGGAAGAUAAUAAUCUCAAAGCUGAGGGGAAGAAAGAAAAUAAAAAAGAAAUCGAUGAAAAUGAAAAGGAGGAUGUUUCAGGACUGAAAGAAGGAAAGAAUGAAGCAGUAGAGAUGGAUGAGAAGAUUUUGGGAAACCUGGAACAAUUUUUGUACGAGGACUUUAUUACAUCAUGUAAUAAGGUGGAGAACCAGGUUCUUCAAGAAGAAUUAGAACAGAACAAAUAUAUUUACUCAGAAAACCAGGAUGUCUGGGCCCAGAAUGAGUUGGUUAAACAGGAUGUCUGGGCUCAGGAUGAGUUUAAUAUAUUCCUAAACAAAAGAAGAAGAUAUUCUACGUAAAGGAAUUAAGCUGCAAUUAUGUCCGAAUAAUCAAAAACAAAUUGGAAAAUAAAUCAUAAAAUUGAAUUAAUA